CAUCUCGCAUUUUUUUCAAAUUGCAGUCUCUUCAUCCUGCGUACAGUCUACGCAACGGGCCAGUGACACAGGGAUGCUACUAACCAACAAGUGUGCUUCGUUCACUCAGACACUGUAGACAUGGGUGUGCAGGGACGGAUAUGCUGGGCGGUGGUGGUGUUGACGUUGUGCAUGGGGGCCGAUGUCGUAGCCGUGACGUUUGAAAACAAUGGGUACGAUUUACUGGUGGCCAUCCACAGAAAUGUUACACAGGAUCCGCGGAUGAUAACACAGCUACAGAGCAUGUUUACCUCUGCCUCGGACUACCUGUACACUACAACCCGGAAGUUCACCUACAUUAGACGUGUGACCAUCUUAGUACCAGACACGUGGACCAAAGAUCCAAGCUGGAAAGACGAAGGGGAGAUAACCUUUACUGAUGCAGAUGUCAGAGUGGAUUCGUCUCACUCUCUACAGGGCAAUACUCCCUACACGUUCCAACCAGGGCAGUGUGGGCAGCCAGGACGCUAUAUCCUUCUGACACCCGACUAUGUGCUGGACAAAGACAACGGUCGUGACAUCAAUUAUGGGGAUGCAGGUCGUGUUCUGGUGCACGAGUUCGCCCAUCUAAGAUUUGGCGUAUUUGAUGAGUACGGCAUCCCCGGUAGCCGCCAGCACCCAGUCUAUUACGUAGAUGACACAGGGAAGACCGUACGCCCCACUGCCUGCUCCACCGACAUCACCGGUAACUUUAUCAAUGAAGUGAAAGACUCCAGCUGCGAACCUGUUGACAGUAAGGAUGUGGUGAAUAAAGACUGUUACUUUCUCCCAAACGCCUUCGACAACACGGCCACAACGUCUGUCAUGUAUGCCCAGUUCUUGAAGGAGGUGGUUCACUUUUGCGAAAGUGACCCUGACAGUGGUAGAAUGGACUUGAUUCAUAACCCCAAUGCACCAAACAGGCAUAACAAAAUGUGCAGCGAAAGGGGAACUUGGGACGUCAUCAAAGAACAUACAGACAUAAAGGGAGGUAACCCUGUGGACAUUAGUAACCGAGCCCCACAGUUCAAUGUUGUCUAUCGCCAGAGAGAGCCGGUUGGCAACACAACCAUUUGUGGACGUAGAAUCGUUCUUCUGUUAGAUCUCUCGGGGUCGAUGAAAGAGAAUUACAGAUACUUCAAACUGCGGCAAAUAGCUGAUCAAAUCAUCAGAGACAUUCUACCUCUGGGCACAGAAGUGGGGAUUGUGGUGUUCAGCGAUUCCGCCAGAAUCUGGGCCAACAUGAGUUUCAUCACAUCAUCUGCAGACAGACAGAUGCUGGCCCAGGGUCUGCCGGACAAAGAAGACUAUGGUGGUGGUACAGCUAUAGGGUUAGGUCUUCUAAAAGCCAUCGAGAUGCUAAACGGCCGGGGGAAAUCGGCGGAGAAUGGACGAAUAUUCCUCGUCACUGACGGAGAAGAAAACGUUACUCCGAGUGUGAACGACCGCUAUUCCGAUAUUGUGCGCUCUAAGGUUGUUGUUCACACAAUGGCCUAUGGUGAUUCUGCUGCAUAAGUCCUACAAAGAUUAUCGAAAUCAGCAGGUGGCCAGUAUUCGUUCUUUGGAGAGACCACCGGUUUGACAGCCUUUAAGGCAGCAGCUGACCGACUACUGAAGGACCUCAGCCUCUG